GUAGCCUAUGCUGAUGAUCUAAAAUCCACGUUCAGCUUUUCGGGUGUACCCCAAUACAGAUAUCACCUGGGAUCUUAAGAAUUAUCUAUGUAAGGGAAUUUCAUUCAUUCCUUCAUACCAAUGUACUUCUUUAAAAAUCUGACUUUCAAACUAAAACGAUUGCAUUCUAUGAAUGAGUUGCAGCGUGUACAGUCGUUUUUUGGCUGCUUACGCCUUUUUUAUCGGAUCUAUACAGAACCAAAACAAAAUUGAGUAGGACCUGUCACCUCGCACGCGUACUGCCGGAACUUACACUUACGGAGGGAAACUUUUCCUUGAAAAACCUAACAUCUUAAAGAGGGAGCGAUAAUCAGCGUUAUCAGUACACUACUCAAACGGGACUUUAAAGUGUUGUCUGAAAGAAACACAAUGGAAUUCUUGCUACUACAUUUAUUCCGGUCCUUGAUGUUGCUGGCGCUGCUUAUGCAACGGGUACAUUCCAAUGAAAUACUGGGGCUGAAGAUCCCUUUCGACCCCAUUCUGAAUGCAAACACGGUCUGUUUGACCCUUCCGGGCCUGACUCGCCGGCAACUGGACUUGUGCAUGCGGAACCCCGACGUCACCGCAUCCGCCAUCCAAGGCAUCCAGAUUGCCAUCCACGAAUGCCAGCACCAGUUCAGAGGGCACCGGUGGAACUGCUCCAGCCUGGAGACCAGGAACAAGAUCCCGUACGAGAGCGCGGUGUUUAGCCGAGGUUUCAGAGAGAGCGCCUUCGCCUACGCUAUCGCGGCGGCGGGCGUGGUCCACGCCGUGUCCAACGCCUGCGCCAUGGGCAAGCUCAAGACGUGUGGCUGCGACGCCAAGAGGCGCGGGGACGAGGAGGCCUUCCGGGUCAAGCUGAACCGGCUGCAGCUGGAGGCCAUCCACCGCGGGAAGGGCAUGGUCCACGGGGUCAUGGAGCACUUCCCCGCCGAGGCCCUGGGGCCCCAGGACUCCUGGGAGUGGGGCGGCUGCAGCCCCGACGUGGAAUUCGGGGAAAAGUUCUCCCGAGACUUCCUGGACUCCCGCGAGACGUACAAGGAUAUUCACGCUAGGAUGAGGCUCCACAACAACAGAGUUGGCAGGCAGUCUGUGACGGACCACAUGAAGCGGAAAUGCAAAUGCCACGGCACGUCGGGCAGCUGCCAGCUGAAGACGUGCUGGCAGGUGACGCCCGAGUUCCGGCUGGUGGGCUCCCAGCUGAAGGAGCGCUUCCACAUCGCCGUGCUCAUAAAGGCCCACAACCGCAACACGGGCCAGGUGGAGCCGGCACACACGCCCCACCGCCGGCGGGCCAACGAGCUGGUCUACUUCGAGAAGUCGCCCGACUUCUGCGAGCGCGAGCCCGGCUCGGACUCCGCGGGAACGCAGGGCCGCAUCUGCAACAAGACCAGCCAGGAGCUGGACCGCUGCGAGAGUCUCUGUUGCGGCCGGGGCCACAACAUCCUGCAGCAGACCCGCAGCGAACGCUGCAACUGCAAGUUCCACUGGUGCUGCUACGUGGUGUGUGAGGAGUGCCGGAGAACAGAGUGGGUCAGCGUCUGCAAAUGA